AUGGACGCGGACGUGGAAAAUACUCAGAUGGAGAACGGUGACUCUAAUUCGACCAUUCAAAGACCUGGUCAACAACACAAAAGGCGACGGACUAAUUCUCUCACAAUACAAAGUGUAAAGCGUCAGGAAAUUGGUGAAAAACAAAAUGAAGAACCAAUAACAAAUACUUCGUUCUCAGCUUUGCAACCACCUCCAUGGCAGGACACUAUUGAAAAAGCGGUAACAGCAAUCGUGUCUAUUCGUUUCAGUCAAGUUGCUGCCUUUGAUACAGAAGGUCCUGAAAAUUCGGAAGCUUCUGGUUUUAUUGUUGAUGCUAAACGUGGCAUUAUUUUGACCAACAGACAUGUAGCUUGCGCAGGGCCAUUUGUUGGUGAGGCAGUAUGUCACGAUCAUGAGGAAGUAUCGGUUUAUCCAGUAUAUCGCGACCCGGUGCAUGAUUUUGGCUUUUUAAAGUUCGAUCCAAAAGAAGUAAAAUAUAUGCCAAUUAUUGAUAUACCUCUUGCACCACAUCUGGCAAAAGUUGGGCUUGAUAUACGGGUUGUGGGUAAUGAUGCUGGCGAGAAAUUAUCGAUUCUGGCUGGCUCGAUCUCACGAUUGGACAGGAAUGCGCCAGAGUACGGCGAUCUGACGUAUAACGACUUCAAACAAGCCGCGUCGAGCACUAGUGGCGGUAGUUCCGGAAGUCCUGUAAUUGACAUCCAUGGAAAUGCUGUCGGAUUACAAGCUGGAGGAUACACCAAAGCCGCGACGGAUUUCUUCCUGCCGUUAGAUCGAAUAGCGCGUGCACUUCAAUAUAUACAAAAAGGUGAAACGGCCCCAAGAGGCACUAUCCAAGUUCAAUUUCUGCAUAAACCCUUUGAUGAAACUCGACGUCUCGGGUUGCAAAAAGAGACCGAAGCUAUAAUACGUGAACUUUUUCCAGAGGAGAUAGGAAUGCUGGUGGCCGAAACCGUGGUACCUAAAGGCCCGGCUUCUGCUCACAUGGAAGAAGGAGAUAUACUAAUUAAAAUAAACGGACAAUAUAUUACAAAAUUUGUACCAUUAGAUGAUUUAUUAGAUUCACACGUAGGUCAAGAGAUUGAGAUAACAAUAGAACGAGGAGGAAAGCCUACAACUUUUACUGUGACAGUUCACGAUUUACAUUUAAUAACACCAGAUAGAUAUGUUGAAAUUGGUGGAGCAAAACUGAAUGAACUGUCCUAUCAACUAGCUCGUUCAUAUUGUGUGCCCGUUGGUGGUGUAUAUGUGGCAGAACCGGCUGGCAUGUUCCGGUUAGAUGGACCUGAUCAUGGAUGGAUAAUUGCAUCGGUGGAUAAUAAACCAACACCAAAUUUACAAACGUUUAUUGAAGCGAUAAAAGACAUUCCUGAUCGUGAGCGAAUACCAGUUGUUUAUUAUUCUAUAGCUGAUAUUCACACGACGAGCGUAGCAGUCGUGCAGGUGGAAAAACAUUGGUCAAGGUUUAGAUUAGCUGUAAGGAAUGAUUCGACAGGGUUAUGGGACUUUACAGAUUUGGGACUUCCACCGUCACCAAAGGUAUUGCAACCAGCCACUGCGAGAUUCAUUGAAAUGGAUGAGUCUUUGGGAGCAGCAAAAGAUCUUAUAGCUUCGUUAGUUAAAGUUAGCUAUUAUAUGCCAUGCCGCAUCGAUGGCUUUCCAAAAAGUCGAAAACAAGGCGCUGGGCUUGUAGUUGAUGCGGAGAAAGGUUUAAUAGUAGUAUCUCGCAGCAUUAUUCCACUAUCCAUGGGUGAUAUUUCUAUUACUAUUGCUGACUCGAUUAUUAUUCCGGGUAAAGUGGAAUACCUUCACCCAACACAUAAUUUUGCUUUUGUUUCUUAUGAUCCUAAAUUGAUUGGUGAGACUCCUGUGAAAAGUGCUGUGUUGAGUCAACGCCCUUUAUUGCAAGGGCACAAAGUCACGCUGGUUGCUUUCAAUCACAAUCAUCGAAUUGUUUGCUCGGAAACUGUCGUAACCGAUAUAACUAGUGUGACUAUUCCUCAGAAUGCUACACCGAGAUUUAGGAGUAUAAAUCUGGAUGCAAUCACAAUUGACACCCCGCUUGCACAGCAAUGUUCAAGUGGUGUGCUUACAGAUUCAAAUGGACAUGUUCAAUCCUUAUGGCUCUCUUAUCUUGGAGAACGAAAUCUGUCGGGGCAUGACAAUGAGUAUCAUUUAGGUUUACAUAUACACACAAUAUUUCCGGUGCUUGAUGCUCUGCGCAAAAAGGAAACACCGAAUUUGCGAUUCUUAAAUAUUGAGUUGAUGCCAGUACAAAUUGCCCAAGCUCGACAUAUGGGCUUGACAGAGGAAUGGGUUCGUAAGGUGGAAGAUGCAAAUCCAAAUAGGCAUCAACUUUUCUUGAUUCGACGGACUGAGACUGGCAGCGAAAGUGCUUGUGUCUUGAAAGAAUUGGACCUUAUUCUAGCCGUUAAUGGGCAAACUAUCACCCGAAUGUACGAAAUGGAUGUGCAAUACUCUAAAGAAGAACUUGACAUCACGAUUCUCCGACAAAAAGUUGAGAUGACGUUGAAAGUACCUACGAUCCCUAAUUCUGGAAAUGGGACGAAGAGAGUCGUAAUUUGGGCGGGGGCUGCGAUUCAAGAGCCACACAAAGCUGUUCUACAACAAUCAAAAUCGUUACCGUCCCGUGUUUAUAUUUCGGCUCGCAGUAAAGGAUCGCCCUCUUAUAUGUAUGGAAUGGUUCCUACAAUGUGGAUAACCCAAAUUAAUGGAAUUCCCACACCAGAUCUUGGCUCUUUUGUCGCUGCAGUGCGCAAAUUUCCUGACAACACCUAUGUCCGCGUGAAAAUUAUUACUUUUGAUAUGAUACCAAUGGUCUUGGCAAUCAAAACUUGCCGACCGUGGAAAUGGUUCGAGACGAUAAGUCGAAAGAAUGGAGAAAAAUCGAGUUCACCGAUUGAGUGUAUUCCAUUGUUGUACCUUAACCUCAGCAUAGAUGAGCAUUUGCCUAACUUUGAUUUGUUGAAUUAA